GAGAGAGAGAGAGAGAGAGAGAGAGAGAGAGAGAGAAUGAAUUAUGCCAGGAGAGCUUCAGGAACACUGUAAUGGAGGCACGGUAAGGUUUUGUUUUUGUUGUUUUUUUACUUUUUAAAGGGGUUUGGGGGGAGGAAGUUACAAUAUGCUACUGGUUCACGUAUAGUCAAAAAAGAGAGAAGCUAUUGGGCCCUGGUAAUCUAGGACAGUGCUGUUCACCAUUAUGCAGUGAGAGUCUCAAUUGGACAAUGGCAUAUGAGCAAUUCAUACUGUGUCAGCUAUAUACUAUGUCUAUAUCAUAUGGUUUAACCUUUCAUGCAACUGAUUUAAAUCUACUUUGUGAUUUAUUUAUUUAUUUAUUUGUUGUUGAGGCUUGGGCAUGGUGGUUCCUCCCAGACUCUGGAAUUUGCUUCCUAGAGAGACCUUGAUGGCCUCAUCUUGACUUGCCUUUUUCAGGCAGAAGAAAACAUUCCUUUGCCAUCAGGCACUUAUGGACUCAUGAGAGCAGGUUCUUUGCUGGCUGGAUUUAUGACUUGGCAGCUCUUGAAAGUAGUCAUGGCUUGUCUAGCACAUUCUUGGACUUGUUCAGGUUUACUUCUAAUCUGGCACCUACUGCUAAUGCCUGCUAUUGCUAAAGCCACUUUAGUCAGCUACAAGCCCAACAUUGUCAUUUUCCUGGCUGAUGACCUUGGCAUUGGAGAUGUUGGCAGCUAUGGAAAUGAUACAAUCAGGACUCCUAAUAUUGACCGGCUAGCAAAGGAAGGAGUCAAACUUACUCAGCAUAUUUCUGCGGCUCCUCUCUGUUCGCCAAGCAGAGCUGCUUUUUUGACUGGCAGAUAUCCCAUCAGAUCAGGUACAGAUCAAACAGAUGUGUUUCGUGUUCUUCAAUGGCUUGGUAGUUCAGGUGGUCUUCCUGCAAAUGAAACAACUUUUGCCAAAAUAUUACAGAAGCAAGGCUAUACCACCGGUUUAAUAGGAAAGUGGCAUCAAGGUGUGAAUUGCAAAUAUCGUAACGACCACUGCCAUCACCCUUUAAAUCAUGGGUUUGAUUAUUAUUAUGGAAUGCCAUUUUCACUAAUGGGUGACUGUCGCGUAACCGAUCCUCCAGAGAUGAAUAUGCCUCUGCGGAUAAAGCUCUGGUGUUACACACAGAUAAUUGCUCUUGCUGUCUUCACUCUUAUAGCAGCAAAACUGGCUCACCUGGUGUUCAUCAGCUGGAAAUUUAUCUUCCUUCUCACUUUGUUUGGUUCUUUAUUCUUUAUUUCCUGGUUCUCAAGUUAUGGAUUCAUAAGAUACUGGAACUGUAUCAUGAUGAGAAAUUAUGAAAUUACAGAACAGCCAAUGAAGGUAGAGAGAACAGCUCCCCUCAUGCUAAAGGAAGCCAUGUCUUUUGUUGAAAGGAACAAAGAAGGGCCAUUCCUCUUAUUUGUUUCAUUCUUGCAUGUUCACACAUCAUUGGUUACCACAGAAAAAUUCACUGGCAAGAGCAAACAUGGUCUGUAUGGUGAUAAUGUAGAAGAAAUGGAUUUUAUGAUAGGAAGAAUUCUGGAUGUACUGGACAACAACAACUUGACAAACAGCACACUGGUAUAUUUUACCUCUGAUAAUGGUGGACACUUAGAGGCUCAAGAAAGAAAUGCCCGAUGGGGUGGUUGGAAUGGCAUUUACAAAGGUGGAAAGGCCAUAGCAGGCUGGGAAGGGGGAAUUCGUGUCCCUGGAUUAUUCAGAUGGAUGGGAGUGCUGCCUGAGCACAAGGUUAUUGAUGAACCUACAAGUUUAAUGGAUGUUUUCCCCACAUUAGUAAACCUGGCUGGUGGAACAGUACCUCAGGACAGGAUAAUUGAUGGUCGGGAUUUGAUGCCUUUACUGCAGGGAUUAGUUCAGCACUCAGAGCAUGAAUUCAUGUUUCACUACUGUGGAAUACUUUUACAUGCCGUGCGGUGGCACCAGAAGGACAGUGGAAAUGUGUGGAAGGCCCAUUAUGUGACACCAAUUUUUCAACCCAAAGGAUCUGGUGGUUGCUAUGAUAUUAGAUUUUGUCCUUGUUCUGGAGAACGUGUAGAACAUCACAAUCCUGCUUUGCUUUUUGAUCUUUCAAGAGACCCAUCAGAGGAAGUCCCUUUGUCGCCUGAGACUGAGCCACUGUUCCACAUGGUUUUAAAAAAAAUAGAGAAAGUAGUGGAGGAGCACCGGACGACCCUCACUCCUGUCCCACAGCAGCUGUCUUUCUAUAACUCUUUGUGGAAUCCGUGGUUGCAGCCUUGCUGUGGGACAUUCCCCUUCUGUGGCUGUGACAAAGAAAAGGAAAAGAGGGAACACUUUUAAAGUUAAACAUGUUGAAAUAGUAGGUGUUUUUGACCAUUAAAAUGCCUACUAAAACAGGAAGUAUUUCAGAACAAAUAAUAUGCUUGCCCUUUCCCACUGCCCCAUAAUCCACCUGCUGGGAGCGGGGACAAUGGUUAAUAGAAAAGGUAAUAAAAAGGGAAUGACCAAGAAUCAUGAUGCUUUGUAUUUGUGUUACAUAUUAGUAGGCCUGACAGCAAAGCUGUAACAUUAUUCAAGUAAGUUAAUGUAUUGAUGCAGUAUUUGCAAUGCUAAAGACUCUGUCAUUUGCUCGUAUCUGAUAUAAGCAGCAGAGUCCGGGGAAUUCAUAGCAGAGUUAUAUGAAAGACAAACAAAGUAAGACCAGUAAAUAGUAAACACAUUUCACUUCCCAUCUACUUUAUUGGAGAUGGUGAAUACUGGUACAAUUCAUUGUGAAAACUAUUUGUUCUAGUUUAUUGACACAAUUAAAAAUAGCUUUUAUGACACAUCUAUUUAUAAAAUAAAAUUCUACUGGUAACCAUCAACCAUUCCUUAUAGAGUUAAAAAGAGAAAAAUUACCUUUGAAAAUACCAUGCAUUGCGAACAAGAACACUUAGGCCCCUUCCACACAGCUGAAGAAAAUCCCACAUUAUCUGCUUUGGAAUAUAUGGCAGUGUGGACUCAGAUAUCUCAGUUCAAAGCAGAUAUGGUGGGAUUUUCUGCCUUGAUAUUCUGGGGUAUAUGGCUGUGUGGAAGGGCCUCUAAAUGGCUCAUUUCUUGAUUAUUUGCCUAAUGGCCAUUUGUCCAAUGUCAUUGUAAAUAAUCCAAACAAUUUCCCCAAAGGAAAACAUGGGGCACUUGCAGGUUUUACUCCACAUUCUUGGGUUUUAUUUUGGUUUUUUAUUUUAGUUUUUCACCAGCUUUGAAUCAAGCAAGUAAGCAGAUAGCAACAGCAAGGAACACCGGUACCAAGCUUGGGGUUUCAGGGUUGACGGUGAGGCCUCAGAUGUAGUGCAAGCCUUGAUGGGUAUCCUUUAAUACCUAUCCCUCAUACCACCUGGCUCAUGACUUCUUCCAGCCAAGUCCUGAGGCCUGUAUCAUUGACUCAUAUGAAUUUUUGAAACAGCCUCUGGGUCUAAAAAAAAAAGUAAAUACAAGGACUGCCAAAUCUACAGAAAGUUCCACUUGAAAAUUACAUCUGGAUAAGAAAAACAUCAAUGAAAAUAUAUAAAAGAAAGAAUUUUCACUGCUGUUUGGCACUCAUUAUAAUGUUUAUGAAAAUGCAAAAUAUUGGUGCAGUCCUUUCAAAAUAGUUGUUGAUGACAGACCCUGGAUAGGUUCUGCCCUGUUCUCAAGUCACUCAGCUAUCAUUUCCAGGGUGGAGACUGCCCGGAGUCUGUAAUUAACAACAGUAUCAACAAGGAUGCACAGAAAACAUGUUUUGAUCUUUUUCUAAAAAAAAACAAAAGUGUGUGAGGGGGAGGUGACAAUUACACAAUACAUUUCAGUUUAACUUAUAAUAACAUGACUUCAAAAUUGCAGAGUAGUACAAGAUACAACAUUCCCCACCCAGUGUUUGGACGUUUGUUCAUUAUAUAAUUUUUGUCUGACUAUGUUGGUUUAAUUUAUUGCUGUUAGGUUCAAUUCAUUGAUCUUAGCUUUAAUUUGAUGUUAGGUUUUAAUUGCUGUUUUCAUAUAUGGGGUUUUCCUGGGAUUUUAUGUCACUAUUUGUUUGUUUUAUGGAGGCAUUUAAUGUUUCCCGUUGUAUGUUGGAAUCCGCCCUUAUCUUGGAGAGAUAAGGCGGAAUACAAAUAAAGUUUUAUUAUGUAUCAUUAUUUCAAAAUAUGAAAUAAAAUUAGAAAUUGUCCCCAUA